UUUUCUUUUGCGAACAGAUUUCGAGUGAUUUGUGGUUUAAAUGGCUGCGUUUGCCCUAGGGCCGAGAUUCAGCGUGCCGAAUAAAAUGUUGGCAUCCUCAUUGAAGAAAUUGCGUCCUGGAAAUAAAGGAUCGCAUAUGAUACGAGUGUGUAUGUGCAGUCAGAAAGCGCAAUCGUAUCCGAAGCUGACCACGCAUUAUACGAUUCAUCCUCGGGAGAAAGAUCCGCGAUGGAAGGUCGACUUGCAACACCCAGUUUAUAACACCCAUUGUACGACAUUGAGUUCUUUAUUAUAUACUUCUUCGCGAAUUAACAUGUUCGGGUUGUUCUCAGAUGUCGAAAUGGAACGAGUGUCGGACGAAGCGGAUGUCGUGAUCGUUGGUGGUGGGCCAGCCGGAAUGGCGGCUGCCAUUCGAUUGAAGCAACUCGCGAAUGAUUCCGGGAAAGAAUUGAGAGUCUGUUUGGUAGAAAAAGCUGCGGAAAUCGGUGUACACAGCCUGUCUGGAGCUUGUAUUGAGACGAAAGCGUUGGACGAGUUGUUGCCGGACUGGAAAGGAAUGGAAGGUCACCCGAUGCACACGGCAGUGACGGGGGAUAAAUUUUCCUUCCUCACCAAAAACCGACGCAUUCCUGUUCCUAUUCUUCCAGGGAUGCCUCUCAAUAAUCACGGAAAUUACAUCAUUCGAAUGGGUCACUUCGUCAAGUGGUUGGGUGACCAGGCUGAAGGACUCGGUGUUGAAUUGUAUGCUGGAUGUGCAGCAUCUGAAAUUCUCUUCAAUGAAGAUGGGUCUGUGAAAGGCAUUGCCACGAACGACGUCGGCAUAGAUAAAGAUGGUUCUCCGAAGGAUAAUUUCGAACGUGGAAUGGAGUUGCACGCGAAAUGUACAAUAUUCGCCGAAGGAUGCCACGGACAUUUAGCGAAGGAAUUGUACAAGCGCUUUGAUCUGCGCAAAGAUUGUUCCCCCCAGUCGUAUGCAAUAGGACUAAAAGAGCUCUGGGUCGUUGACCCCAACGUCCAUGUGCCAGGUUUGGUGGAGCACACCGUUGGCUGGCCAGCUCCGAAGAAUCAAUAUUCUGGAUCAUUCAUCUAUCAUUUGAAUGAUCCAGCGCAGCCAAAUCUCGUUGCCCUUGGAUACGCGAUCGGUUUGGAUUAUUCAAAUCCUUACACCCACCCUUUUAAGGAAUUCCAGACUUGGAAGACUCAUCCGCACAUUCGACGGCUUCUUGAUGGGGGUUCAAGGAUUGGAUACGGUGCUCGUGCGUUGAACGAAGGCGGUUUCCAGGCGAUACCGAAAUUGACAUUCCCCGGUGGUUGUUUGGUGGGAUGUAGCCCUGGAUUUUUGAACUGCCCGAAAAUCAAAGGAACUCACGGAGCGAUGAAAAGUGCCAUGUUGGCAGCAGAGAGUGUUUAUGACGCGAUUCAACCGGAUGUGAAAUCCGAUACCGUUGGUGUGCAACCGAUUUCAUAUGAGGAAAGGAUAAAGGAUAGUUGGAUCUGGAAAGAAUUGGAAGGCUGCCGGAACGUGAGGCCUUCUUUUAACAGCGCCUUGGGUCUCUAUGGAGGAAUCGCGUACACUGGAACAGUGUAUUAUUUACUCGGCGGAAAGGAGCCCUGGACUUUCAAGCAUGAACACCCGGAUCACGAAUCUUUGAAGCCAGCGAAGGAAUGCAGUCCCGUGGAAUACGCAAAGCCGGAUGGAAAGUUGACUUUUGACUUGCUCAGUUCCGUUGCGUUGACCGGAACGAACCAUAAUGAGCGUCAACCACCGCAUUUAACCCUGAAAGACGACAAAGUUCCAGUGGACCGCAAUCUGGCAAUAUAUGACGGACCAGAGGGCAGAUUUUGUCCUGCAGGUGUCUAUGAAUAUGUACCAAAUGAAAGCGGUGACGGUCAACAUUUGGUCAUCAAUGCUCAGAACUGUAUACAUUGCAAGACGUGUGACAUUAAGGAUCCCUCGCAGAACAUCAAUUGGGUCACACCAGAGGGCGGUGGCGGUCCUGCGUACAAUGGGAUGUGAAGUGGUGCUUCAGCUUUAUAUUUGAGCCGUUUCUUUUCUCUGACGGGUAUAUUUCUCUAUUGAUUUUUCCGUUUUAGCAAUCUGUGGUUCGCUGCUCAAUCUUGCAUUUUAAAUGAGACAUGAAGACCAUUUGACGAGUUCUUUAGUUGUUUGUAUUCUUUUGAAAGCGACGGCUUUUGAACAGGUUUUCUCGUGGUGUGGGAUUUUUUUUUUUAGUUUGUGUAAGGGGACGGCGAUUGAUCAACACAUUUUGAGGCAAAGCAAUUCGUGGGUGUUCGAUGUUGCUGAUAUGAAGGCUGUUUAUUGAAGUGCUGAUAGUGAUCGGGAUUCCUUGGUCCUCGAAUUUAUGGCGAUGAUGUAAUCCGUGGAAAAUUAUUAGGAAAUAUAAAAUAAUUCUGGGUUGCUACGUUCCGCACUUUAUUCGGAAAUGAUCUCCUUGGACUACAUUUUGUCGGCGGAUUGUCUAAAACUUUACCUCAUGC